CUUCCUCAUGACAUUAUUCCAUCGCCCAUAAACCCUAUUUCUUGUUAGCUCCAAGAGGAACACGCUGAAGCUAUGAACGUCCAUUGCCCCUCAAAAAAUAGAUGAAGAAGCUCAUAGCAGCAGCUAUCAUUUCCCUCUCCAAAAUGCUGGUUUCUCUGCGGAAUCUCUUUCAAACGGGUUGCCGGCUCGCUUUCAGAGUACGCCCUCCUUUCUGUUCAAACCCUAGUUCUCACUUCCCUUCUAUUUUUUCUUCACCAUCGACAAGACCACAUAGUUCCUUAAUUUAUUGUCCACUUGUCUUGUUGACUGGCUGCCUUUGCAUGCUCAGAUUCCCAUUUGUCACCCAAUCAAACCCCACUAAUUUUAUGGAUUAUCUAGACGAAGGAUUCAUCCGUAAAGCCAUUCAACAAGAUCAGUGGAAUCAUCCUGAAAUCGUUAAUUUCAUUGAUUCGUCUUUGGGCCCAAUAUGGGUGUCCAGGGUUUUGAUGGAACUAAAACAAGAUCCUGAAUUAGCAUUGAAAUUCUUCAGAUGGGUCAAAACCCGAUUUGGGUUUUGCCUAACAACAGAGUCCUAUUGUAUAUUGGUGCACAUUUUGUUUUAUGCUAGAAUGUACUUUGAAGCUAAUGGUGUUCUUAAGGAGUUGAUUUUGUCCGGACGGAUUUUGCCUGGUUUUGAUGUUUUUGAAGUUUUGUGGUCAACCAGAAAUGUCUGUCUUCAUGGUUUUGGUGUUUUUGAUGCUUUGUUUAGUGUUUUUAUUGAGUUAGGUAUGCUUGAGGAAGCUGGUCAAUGUUUUUCAAGGAUGACAAGGUUUAAUGUCUUGCCAAAAACAAGGUCAUGUAAUGCCCUUUUACAUAAGCUAUCAAUGACAGAGAAAGGAGAUUUCACAAGGAAAUUCUUUAGGGAUAUGGUUGGGGCUGGAAUUACCCCAUCAGUAUUUACAUAUAAUAUCAUGAUAGGUUACAUGUGCAAAAUAGGGGAUAUGAUAGCUGCUAGACGUUUAUUUGGCCAAAUGAAACAGAGGGGUUUGACACCAGACAUUGUCACAUAUAAUUCUCUUAUUGAUGGAUAUGGAAAGUUGGGGUUGUUGGAUGAAUCAGUUGGCCUAUUUGAGGAAAUGGAGGAUGUGGGUUGUGAACCUGAUGUGAUAACCUACAAUUCUUUGAUUAAUUGCUUUUGUAAAUAUGAACAAGUGCCUAGAGCUUUUGAGUUUUUUCUUGACAUGAAAAAUAAUGGAUUAAAACCUAACGUCAUUACUUAUAGUACAUUAAUCGAUGCUUUAUGCAAGGAGGGGAUGUUGCAACUAGCAAUUAAGUUUCUGGUGGACAUGAGACGUGUUGGUCUUUUGCCUAAUGAAUUCACAUAUACAUCUUUGAUCGAUGCAAACUGUAAAGCUGGUUAUUUGAAUGAUGCACUGAAGCUGGCUAAGGAGAUGUUGCAGGUGCAUGUUGACUUUAACGUUGUUACCUACACAACUUUACUAGAUGGCCUUUAUGAGGAAGGAAGGAUGAAUGAAGCAGAGGAACUAUUUAAAGCAAUGAUAAAAGAUGGGGUAGCUCCAAAUCUGAAAACUUAUACCACCCUUAUCCAUGGGAAUAUUAAGAUUAAGCAGUUCAAAAAUGCCAUGGAGUUUUUGAAAGAAAUGCAGGGGAAAAAUAUCAAACCUGAUUUAUUACUGUAUGGUACAAUUAUUUGGGGUCUUUGCAGUCAAAAUAAGUUUGAAGAAUGCAAUCGUUUGAUGGCUGAAAUGACAGGUUGUGGUAUUAAAGCAAACCCUGUCAUAUAUACGAUACUUAUGGAUGCUCAUUUCAAGGCGGGGAAGACCAUGGAGGCACUCGACCUUAUGCAAGAAAUGUCUGACACUGGCGUUGAGAUUACAAAUGUGACCUUUUGUGUAUUAGUUGAUGGAUUGUGUAAAAUGGGUUUGGUUCAAGAAGCAAAUGAUUACUUUUCUAGGAUGCCAGAAUUUGAUUUGCAGCCAAAUGUAGCUGUUUAUACUGCACUGAUCGAUGGUUUGUGCAAAAAUAAUUGCAUUGAAGUUGCAAAGAAGGUGUUUGAUGAAAUGCAGGGUAAAAAUAUGGUUCCGGAUAAAAUUGCAUACACUGCUUUAAUGCAUGGAAAUUUGAAACAUGGAGAAUUUCAAGAAGCUUUGAAUAUUAGGAGCAGGAUGUUGGAAUUAGGGAUGGAGCUUGAUCUGCUAGCCUACACUUCCCUGGUCUGGGGAUUUUCACAAGGUGGCUUAUUGCAACAAGCAAGAAAUUUUCUUGCUGAGAUGAUUGGUAAAGGUAUCGAUCCUGAUGAGAUUCUCUGUAUUUCUCUGUUGAGGAAGUAUUAUGAGCUUGGGAACAUAGAUGAAGCCGUAGAAUUGCAUGAUGAAUUGGUGAAGAAGGGCCUAAUAAAGGGCAGUAUUAAUUCUCUGGUUCCUAGUGUACAACCAUAAGACGGUAUCAUUUACAUGAUUAACAAGCAUAAGAAGCCAUGGAAUAAAUAUGUUUACAUGGGUACUUUUGAUUCCAAGACUAUGAAGGCAUAGUGUUUGAUACUGAUACAAUCAUACUCCUUUUUGCUUGACGAACUCUUUGUGGAUGCAAAAAUCUGCUAUCUGGAUGGGUUCUCAAUUUUUAAGUAUUUCCAGUGCCGGGAGAUGACUGUGAAGAAAGUUUGCACUGUGUUUGCUUGGUUCAUCUCUUCCAAAAGCACACUUAGAGGACACAUAUAAUAGGCGUCCUAAUUGUGAGAUUGGUAUCAAAAUUACAUGACAACAGGACAUUUUGUUGCUAUGUAGGCAAUCUGAAGACUCCUCUGACCAUUUUUAGUUGGUAGUCUAUUUGCCAAUGUCAAAUAGUUGGGGAGCAGGUGAUGCGGCAAUGAUUCUCAGGUAGGACAGGGGUUCCAAAUGAUUCAUCUUGCAGGCUGAAGGCUUC